UGCGCAACGCUUGUCCUCCCAAGCCUGUUGGUCUUUUCCCGCCCUUCCCUGGCCUUUGCAGGAGGGACAGAGUAUGCACUCCGCUAGGGAUACCUGCUUGAUUCCGAGGAGUGCGGGAACUAAUAGGUCACAGAAGUCCUUUUGGUCUUAAAUUUUCAAGGGGCAAAGGACAUACUCUGGGACUGUUAACUAGGCCGAAGGCCCGGAGGCGGGAAGAGGUUGUGUGGGUGGGGUCAAGGGUGAGAGGUCAGAAGGCAACGAAGGGGGCGGAGCGAGUGGAGGCGAAUGGCGGCUCGUCUUCCUUGGCGGCGGAGGCGCUGAAGCUGGGACGCGGGUCGGGCGCGUCCAACGAAAGAAGGAGAGCAGCGGCUGCUCCCAACAUGCACAGCCUGGCAACAGCAGCGCCUGUGCCUACUGCACUAGCUCAAGUAGAUAGGGAAAAGAUCUAUCAGUGGAUCAACGAGCUGUCCAGUCCUGAGACAAGGGAAAAUGCUUUGCUAGAGCUAAGUAAGAAGCGAGAAUCUGUUCCUGACCUUGCACCCAUGCUGUGGCAUUCAUUUGGUACUAUUGCAGCACUUUUACAGGAAAUUGUAAAUAUUUAUCCAUCUAUUAAUCCACCCACGUUGACAGCACACCAAUCUAACAGAGUUUGCAAUGCUCUGGCAUUACUGCAGUGUGUGGCAUCACACCCAGAAACCAGGUCAGCUUUUCUUGCAGCACACAUCCCACUUUUUUUGUACCCCUUUUUGCACACUGUCAGCAAAACACGUCCCUUUGAGUAUCUUCGGCUUACUAGCCUUGGAGUUAUUGGGGCCUUGGUGAAAACAGAUGAGCAAGAAGUAAUCAACUUUUUAUUGACAACAGAAAUUAUCCCUUUGUGUUUGCGCAUUAUGGAAUCUGGAAGUGAACUUUCUAAAACAGUUGCCACAUUCAUCCUCCAGAAGAUCCUCUUAGAUGACACUGGUUUGGCUUAUAUAUGUCAGACAUAUGAACGUUUCUCCCAUGUUGCCAUGAUCUUGGGUAAAAUGGUCUUGCAGCUAUCCAAAGAGCCUUCUGCCCGUCUUUUGAAGCAUGUAGUAAGAUGUUACCUUCGACUCUCAGAUAAUCCCAGGGCACGUGAAGCACUCAGGCAGUGCCUCCCUGACCAGCUGAAGGACACAACUUUUGCCCAGGUGCUAAAAGAUGACACCACCACGAAACGCUGGCUUGCACAACUGGUGAAGAACCUGCAAGAGGGACAGGUCACCGAUCCCCGGGGUAUCCCCCUGCCCCCUCAGUGAUCCUCCCUUGUCCCCUCCCACCACUCCCCUAAGUUGGGGAAGGGAAGGGGAACCUACGAGGAAAACAGCUCAGGUUUUAUCACCGACUGGGAAUAGAGAACCUCAAUGCUGAACUGCACUGGAGAAAAGGGGCAGUGUACUCCCCCUGAGGUGUACGGGCUGCCAUCUCAGGCUGCCUUGAGGACCUGGGCUCUCUGCUACUCCCGGGAAAUGGGCUCCUAACACAGCAGUCUGCCACCACAGCCCCAGGAGGAUGUCAACACCAGCAAAUGCUGUAUUUGCAGCAUGCCCAAGAUGACCCUGCUCUUCCACCUCUACCUAGCUACUGGCAGGGAGGGGAGACAGUGGUGAAAGCAGCACUCUAGGCAUGAUGAACGCCUGGGACCAAGCCAUGUGGCGUUUUUUACUUGCCUUCCUGGAAGACUCAAGAUGUGUCUCUUAAUUCUCUCUCUCUCAGUAUUUUGUUUACUUUGGAUUUUUUGUUUUUAGUCUCAGAGAGAGGUGUGUUUAAUGGACACAAGCUGUAAUUUUCAGCAAAACUUUGUCAGUUGGCACUGUUUACAAGUCUGUUAGCUGCAUAAGCUUAAUAAAAAGUUGGUCUGGGCAUU